AAGCAAGUUGUUUGAAUGUUGUUUGACUUUGCGGUGAGGUUGGCGUGGCUUCCAUGUUUCGACGCGUUUUGUGUUAAACUAACGCAGUGAUACACGAUAAGAUUAAGGUUUUUUGGGCUAGUAUAGCAGUGCUAGUGUUUAUGUAUGUAAUAAACAUUAAGCUUGGCAGCAUGCAUGUGUUCAGAAAGCUGAUGCGCGGUGUGUGUCUCAGGAUGAAUAAACACGCAGGGGGUGCCAAAACUUUCAGCACUUCUCCCAGCCUUCAGUCUGUAAUGCAAGCCUGGGUGAUUGAUAAAUACGGAGACAACAGUGUGCUAAGAUUCACCAAAAACGCUGCUUUUCCUAUUAUACACUAUCCAAACGAGGUGAUCAUCAAAGUGCACGCAGCUGGACUCAACCCCCUGGAUGUCAACAUGAGAGGAGGUUACGGUGCUGCCACUCUGGCCAUGAAGCGCGACCCUCUGAACAUCAACAAGUCCGGCAGCGAGUUUCCUCUGAUCCUGGGCCGUGACGUCUCGGGGGUGAUCAUGGAGUGCGGCCUGGACGUGGGUUACUUCAAACCAGGAGACGAGGUCUGGGCUGCGAUUCCUCCGUGGAAGCAGGGCAGCUUGGCCGAGUUCGUGGUGCUCAGCGCUAACGAGGUGUCUCACAAGCCCAAGUCGUUGAGUCACACAGACGCGGUGUGUCUCCCGUACGUCGCAGCUACGGCCUGGUCGGCUCUCGUCAACACGGGCGGCCUGAACAAAGACAACUGCUCUAAUAAACGAGUCCUGGUGCUCGGAGGCUCGGGUGGAGUCGGAACGUUUACCAUACAGCUGCUGAAGUCGUGGGGCGGUCACGUGACGGUGACGUGUUCCCAGAAUGCCGAGCGGCUGGUGAGGAGUUUAGGAGCUGAUGAUGUAGUGGAUUACACCAGCGGGCCCGUGGAGAGGAAACUGCAGGCUCUGGAGAAGUUUGAUCUGGUUCUGGAUAACAUCGGUGGAGAGGCGGAGAAAUGGGCGCCGGAGCUCCUCAAGCCCUGGUCCGGCGCGAAGUAUGUUACCUUGGUAACGCCGUUCCUGCACAACACCGACCAGCUCGGCCUCGCCGACGGCAUGAUGCGGAACGCCGUCACCAUAGCAACCAAGGCACUGAAGCACCUGACUAAAGGCGUCCACUAUCGCUGGGGGUUCUUCGCUCCGAGCGGCUCUGCGCUGGACGACGUGAGCGAGAUCGUGGACGCAGGAAAGAUCCACCCGGUGCUGGAGGAGAAGUUCUCCUUCUCUCAGGUGCCUCAGGCCAUGCAGAAAGUGGAACAGGGCCACGCCCGCGGCAAAACCGUAGUCGCCGUCGCCGAGGAGCAGGCCGAGUGACCACAGCGAGGAAAUCAGGCUUGCUCACCGAGGACAGGUCCGUCUCCAUGGAAACGGAGACCAGCGAUCCGGAUUAGACUCGAAGCCGAAUGACAAAAAACAAAAAAAACGACUCCUUGGCACUGUGGUGCGGUCUGAUCUCACUGAUCUGAUGUCAAUCGCAUCGACACGCUUACCUAAAACACGCGACCACAACGACACCGCGUCAGAAGUCAAGCAGGUGACAUCACGGGUCGUUCGUCUCCAGUGGGCGUGGCCUGACACCGUAGUUAACUCAUAUACAUUCUUGCUUACGGUUUUAUAACAGUGAGUAAACGCCGCGAAUCCUACAUUCUACAUUCUUCCUCCUGUCUCCAUCCGGGGUCCUGAACAAAACCCGAAAAUUCCCCUUAAUCAGAUUCAUCGUUUUGUUUGUUUGUUUGUUUGUUUGUUCUCCCCCUCACCCCCCCCCUUUCCUGCCAAAAACUGUAGUUUCAUUGUAACAUGUUGACAGAAACGUUGUGUGUUGUAAACACAGGAAUAUAAACCUGCUCCGAGGGACUCGUGCAUCUCCACAUGGCUCUUUCUACGUGUGACGCGUCUGUGUGUUACGGCGGCUCCGUAUUGCCCGGGUUUUCUAACAAAUUGCCAACAAAACAAGUCACGUUAUUAUUCAAAAAUCUGAAACAUCAAAAUGGCCGCUCGCAGGACCAGGCAGUAGCAGACCUGUGUGUGUGUGUGUGUGUGUGUGCACAGUGGAAGUCAUUUAAAGGUUUUUGAGUUAAUCGACAUACAGACGUUCUGUUCUGAGGAGGAAAAUCCUCAUCGCUGAGGGGGCUAACAAUGCUGCAGCUAUCAGACACCAUUUUAUUUAUUUCCCCUCUGUUAUCUACACCGCUCAUCGAUUGCUCAAACUUGGCACUUUGUAUAGUUUUAGGAAGUUGGGUUUUUUUUUUCUUAAGAUAAUCUUGCGUGUGAGGGGGAGAGAGUUCUCCUUUCUGUUUGUGCUUCCUGGCCAUUGGAGGAAGUCAUGACCACCUACAAACAGGAAGUAGUUUGGGGUGAAAGAGUGAUGCUCUAAUUUCAAGGCAAUAGGUGUGU